AUAGAUUUGCUGACCAUGAGGGAAUAUCACUGUUUGCUUCAGUUACUGUGUCCAGAUUUCCCACUGGAGCUCACUCAGAAAGCAGCCAGGAUUGUACUCAUGGACGAUGCUAUGGACUGCUUGAUGUCUUUCUCAGAUUUUCUCUUUGCCUUCCAGAUCCAGUUUUACUAUUCAGAAUUUCUGGACAGUGUGGCUGCCAUCUAUCAGGACCUGCUGUCAGGCAAGAACCCCAACACAGUGAUUGUGCCAACGUCAUCCAGUGGGCAACAUCGCCAGCGACCUGCCUUGGGUGAGGCCAGCAUGUUGGAGGGAGUGGAGGCGUCACUGUUCUACCAGUGCCUGGAAAACCUGUGUGACCGGCACAAGUACAGCUGCCCACCCCCAGCACUUGUCAAAGAGAUCCUAAGCAAUGUUCAGAGACUGACCUUCUAUGGAUUCCUUGUGGCCCUCUCAAAGCAUCAUGGAAUCAAUCAAGCCCUAGGAGCUUUGCCUGACAAAGGGGACCUGAUGCAUGACCCAGCCAUGGACGAGGAGCUAGAACGGCUGGUGGUGAGGUCGAGGCUGCACCGGACUGCACAGCAGCACAGGGGCGAGGAGCCAGGGGCCUUUGCCUUUCAGAGAAGAGACAAGCUGGAGGCCCUGGAGAGAGUGCCCUCAGCACCAACGCCCAACCAGUAUCGGUGGGAACCCAGAGAGUGAGCAAGGGGCCGCAAUGGGCAGGGAGGC